AUGGAUCAGUGUUCAAGGAAGAUUCACGAAGUGAGAUUUGGCAGUGGAAGUUCAAAAUCUGUCAUGGAAGUUCGUCUGCUCGGAUUGCUCAACUGUUGGUACAUCGGGAAAAAGGGGCUUAACAUACUAGCCAGUUUUCUUAUUCCUGCAUCAAGCAUUCUAAAGAUGACUGAUGAGGUUGCCGGAGUUCUUCAGCUUCCUGCCAACGCUCAGGAAGCAAGCAACAUGAUUCGGCUUCGAGACCGCCUUAGGGCCGGCACGAAACGGACAUCGGCGGCCGCACUUGUCGAUGGGGUGGGCGACCACCAAUAUGAAGAAUACCCAAAAGUCGUGCACAUCACUGUCUUAUCAAGUCGUAGACAAGUUACCAUAAUCAUUGAUGGUCAUGAGAUCGUGAACGUAUCCAGUCUUAAAACUGAAGACGAAACCAAAGGUUCAGGUUUAUAUUUCGUGCUUCUCGACCAGUAUGAUGGCCAUGUGAUCAUGUCCAGGGUUUUUGAUCUACAUAAUUUUGGAAACAAUCUCCAAGUUCCUCCUGUCCUUUCGGCGCUCGCCAGCGGCAGGAUUAUGGUUUUUGCUAUGAAGACAGAAGCUUCUCUCAACAUGGGUAACAUUAUUCGGAAGUUACUCUUCUCCCUGGGCAGCACGAAGGUUCACAUGGUGCCCUUUCGGGAUUACAUGGUCUGGGUGGCGACCGUCCAUGGGCGCACGUGGGCGGAGGCCAUCAUCGACGAUACACCCGGCGAGGACGGCUACUACGGCGCGCCCGUCAUGGUGGACGUGGCCGUCCCGCUCAGCCCCCUCGGGCCGUGUUGGGACGUGCGCGAGGAGAGCGAGGCGGAGCGAUGGCGCUUCUGCAGGAGGUUCGGGGGAUAUGGAGGCCUGUGCGAGUGUGAUCGGCCGGCCCCUCUGCGCUACCCAACGCUAGUGCUGGCUGACAGCGCGAUCAACGACGUCCCUCUUGGCAUUAUCGCCAGCGCCCGUCCGCAGGCUCUAUACAGAUGUCUCCUGACUGUAUUAAGACAACCAGGAGGUUCACUGGAUCGAAUUCUUGUACUUCUGGAUGGGUACAACGAGGAAACAAUAGCCUUGCUGGAUCUGCUACGGGUCCGAUACAUACCGCAUAACAUGACAGGUCGCAGUUUUCCUGGCGCAGGAGCGCGUAUCUCGGCGCAUUUCCGCUUCGCGCUGCAUGAACUCUUCAUAACGUUUCCUCGCGCAAGCAAAGCCAUUAUUCUAGAGGAAGACCUGCUUGUGGCACCAGACUUCUUCAGUUACUUCAACCAGACAGCGUGGCUGUUGGACGCGGAUCCGACGCUUUUCUGCGUGAGCGCCUGGAACGACUUGGGAGCGCUCCACACGGCCAGGCACCCCGACCGGCUGUAUCGGGUUGAAACCCAUGCCGGUUACGGAUGGAUGAUCACCCGUAGGAUGCUCGAAGAAAUAUACCCGCUAUGGAAGAAAGCGGACAAGGAGCACGACUGGGACGUCUGGCUGCGCAGCACCGAGAUCCGCGCCGGGCGCGAGUGCGUGGUGCCCGACGUGUCCCGCACCUUCCACAACGGCGUGGCGGGAGCGCACGUCAACGGCAUCCUGACGCAUUCGCAGUUCACGGGCCACGCCGUCACCGCCGACGCCAACAUUCGCCUGAAGGACGUCGAGAAGAGGUACAAGGAACAACAAAGGUGCCCACCUUUGAGGAAGAGGGAGGACUGGUGUGGACCAGAGGAUAGUCGUGGCGAAAGGUUGACAGUGCUUGAAUAUGAAGAAUAUUUAUAUGACAUAUUAGAGAAUGACAACAUAUACUUCCUUAAUACGACACGUCAUCCUUGCAGCAGAGGCUAUCUGCCUAGGAAUUUCACGGAUGGACCGGUCGUUAUUUUCAUUACCAUGGAAAGCAAUGAACAGCACGGAACUUGGAGGAAGAUUGCCAGUUGCCUCGGGGUUUGGCAUUUGGACACUCGCUCGCAUCACAGAGGCCUCUUCCGUCUCUCGUACUAUGAAACAGAACUUUUUAUUAUAGGUUACCCUUUCAGUGACUAUAGUUACCUGAAGCCAUGGUGGAUACGUGUCAUGCAGGAAGCGGACGAAAAAGAAGAAAACCUAAUAAAGGAGAGGACUCUGGACAAUCGCCUGUGGUUCCGGCGACCCGAGCUGGAGCGGUUUUCGCCCUUCCUUCUGCUGCAGCGGAGCACGCCUGAGCCUGCUAAACAGUGA